UUCUCUCUCUGAUCAUUUGGUGCUGCUGCUCCUUUGUUUCUUCCUGUCCAGAGAACCAACCCCCUCCUCAAAGCCCAGCUAAGAUGCCUCUAGGUUCCUUCUUACGCCCACCUAGUGCAGCUCCUCAUUCUUCCCCAAUCAUUUUGGCUCUCCUUUUGUUUUCCCUUGUUAAUCGUAUUUCUCUGCAUGUGUACUUUUCUUUCAUUUGAUGGCUUUGUUUGUUGAGUGAGCUUCCUUUCUUUGCAUUCUUAUAGGUGAAAUCCUAUUCAAAUUCCAUUUUGUUUGGUCAUUUACUACCUUCUUAGUCGCAGUGGGUUCAAUUCUUUCUUCUCAUGUUCCCCUCUCUGAACUAGGAGAAAUUGAAACAAUAUUCAGCUCUUCCCUCGAUGGACUUUGCUCUGUUCUGUACCAGAGUCGAUAUCCUUCUUCUUCUUCUUAUAUCUCUCUGUUCACCAUGCAAGUUCAUCCAGAGCCCCAUGGACUUUGGCCCCUUGAACUUCCACCAGACCACAAACACCUCAUCUCUGGACUUCGGAAGGAUCGUGUUCGACUCCCCUUCUGCAGUCCUUCGACCCCGCUCCCCGAAAGAGAUCUCACUCCUCCUCAGAUCUCUCUCUGCUUCAUCAUCCUUCGAUAAAGUCACGGUUGCAGCAAGAGGAGUGGGCCACUCGAUCCAUGGCCAAGCUCAAGCCCUCGAUGGCAUUGUCAUCGAGAUGGACUCGCUGCCCUCCGCCAUUAGCAUCCACCGUGGAGGAGAGUCCGGUUCCUCUUACGCUGAUGUCAGUGGUGGGGCUCUUUGGAUCGAGCUGCUACGUGAGAGCUUGAAGUUUGGGCUGGCUCCAAGGUCUUGGACCGAUUACCUCUACCUCAGCGUCGGUGGGACUCUCUCUAAUGGCGGCAUCAGCGGCCAGACCUUCAAGCACGGACCCCAGAUCAGCAAUGUCUUGCAACUCGACGUGGUGACAGGUGAUGGAGAGCAAGUAACAUGCUCGUCCACCGAAAGCUCAGAGCUGUUCUUCGCGGCUCUGGGUGGGUUGGGCCAGUUCGGUAUCAUAACGAGGGCAAGGAUCCUGCUCCAGGAUGCUCCGCAGAGGGUGAAGUGGGUCAGAGCCUUUUAUGAUGACUUCGAGACCUUCACCGAGGACCAAGAACUGUUGGUUUCAAAGCCAGAUGCAGUGGACUAUGUCGAGGGAUUCAUCGUCCUCGACGAGCACUCCCUACACAGCUCAUCCGUUGCCUUCCCAUCUCAUCUGAGGUUCACCCCGGAGUUCCACAGCAAGGGCAGCUACAGAGUGUACUACUGCAUCGAGUUCGCCAUCCAUGACUACCAAGUCGAGAGCACAGAUGUGGAGCAGGUUGAGACACAGCUUUUGAGGAAGAUGAGCCAUAUACCUUCCCAUUUCUACAGUGUGGAAGUCUCCUACUUCGACUUCCUCAACAGGGUGAGGAUGGAGGAGACCAUGCUCAGGAGCAGAGCGCUGUGGGAGGUGCCUCACCCAUGGCUCAACAUGUUUGUGCCCAAGUCUGGGAUCGGAGAGUUCAAAGACUUGCUGCUGGAUAACAUCUCACCUAUUGUCUUUGAAGGCCUCGUUCUCAUUUACCCGCUUCUAAGAGAAGUGGGACGCGAACAGCUCGGCUGUGCUGCCGGACGGCGGAGGCAGAGCGGAGGAGCAGGUGAUGUACAUCGUCGGAGUGCUCCGGUCAGCCAACCCGGCCACCUGCGCAGCCCAGUGCCUGCAAGACCUCCUCCGCCGCCACCGUCGCGUGGCGCAGGCCGCCACGGCCCCCCGCAUCGGAGCGAAGCAGUACCUGGCGCGUCACCCCUCCCAGGGCCACUGGCAGGAUCACUUCGGCCGGCACUGGGACCGGUUUGUGGCCCGCAAGGCACAGUUCGACCCCCUCAGCAUCCUCGCCCCCGGCCAAGGCAUAUUUCCCCGGACAUAUGCCUCUUCCUCAUGAGCCUGUUGCAAUAGCAGUCUUCGCAAGAGGUUGCCCAAAGAAGAGGAGCAAAUCCCCCUCCGAAUCCUUCUCUCCUUUCUGUAUCUUGCUUUGGUGGAUUGCAGAUACACUACCAUUAUUUCUGGUUACCCAAAGAUGAGUAACAAACCAUUCUCCAAAGUAUUCUGUUCUUUUUUUUAUUUUCCUUUGUUGGAUUGCAGAUACACUACCAUUAUUUCUGGUUACCCAAAGAUGAGUAACAAAUCAUUCUCCAAAGUAUUCUGUUCUUUUUGUUAUUUUCCUUUGUUGGAUUGCAGAUAUACUUGCCCAAAGAAGAGUAACAGACCGACCCCUCUCCAAUUUCUCCUGUUCUUCUGUAUUUAUUUGGUGGAUCACAGAUAUGCUGCCCAACAGAGGAGGUAAUCAUCUGGCUUCCUUUCCCCUAUUCAUCUCUAUAGAUCAUUCAUUGCUUCUUUUAUCUAUAAAAUUUAUGGCAUUUGAUUUGUGUUGGAGAUGGACUUCACUAAUGAGUAAUCUGUUUGUUCGUUGAACUCAUUAAGAUGGAUCAUUUGGUGCUGCAUUCCUUGAUGCACCACCUUCCUGCUAUAAUUAAAUGCUGUCCUGCCCUUCCGUUUUCCAGUGGUCGGUGGAUGUCCAAAUAAUUUGUAAGAAUCACCGGCAGAUUGGUGGACAGAGUCAGCACAAUCUCCUGGCAUAUCUUGUUAAACAUGUAGGUACUAUUAAGAUGUGAUCAUUCAUGUUCUGAUGAACUGUAACAAUCUCUUGGAGGCACCACAUUAAUAGGAUUUUCUAUCAAAUUUCAUGCACAAAUUCCAUAUAUUAAUUUGGU